AACAUAUGACAGGUAAUACGCACAUCACACACAGGCUACAGAUGUUUAUUCGGCAAAGCGGUGACAGGAAAAGAACCAACCAGCUAUGUCAGGUCUAGGAAGAUUAUCGAUAGCUAAGUUCCUUAACUCAUUUGCCGGUAAACCCGUGACGGUAAAAGCAAAAUGUUUAGACUGGCUUGUAAAGCGCGAAUUUUCCAGCAAUAAUUCGGAAAAAAUUAUUCAGCAAACAUUAGCAACACGCUUCCCUAAAGCUACAACCAUCGAGGUUAGGGACGUCUCUGGAGGAUGCGGAGCAAUGUUUGAGGUUUUUGUGGAAACAGAUGAAUUUGUCGGCCUUAACACACUGAAACAGCACAAGCUCGUCACCAAUACACUUAAGGAUCAAAUCAAGGAAAUGCAUGGCGUCCGAAUUCACACUGCUAUUCCCGCUUCCAAAUAAAUGUACAAUUAAAUUUAGCUACAAGUCGAGAUACCUGUUUCUUACAACUUGAAAUGUAAAUUAUAGUAAGUAAAAUUAUAAUCCACUACUAUUGGAAA